GUAUCUCCCCACUCAUCUCUGCCGUAGCGUUGUGCAUCUCCCUACUCAUCUUUGCAUUUUUAGCGCUUGUACUGCCUAUGUUUUUUGAUGCUAUAUGAUGCUGUAGCCUAACCUCUUGGUGGUAGUUGAGGAUUUACACAUUUCUAUAAUUAUUUGAAUAAAAACUAUUUAAGAUGAAUUCCUUACGUGGUGGAUUUUCAAGUAGGUGUACAGCUAGAAGCUUAAUGAUGCGGCUACAGUCAUCAUUGACUACAUCCACAACCAGCUCACAGUUAACUGAAGAAAUUCAGAUACCGAAUAGGAUUGAACGAGGACCUACUGACAUUUUGAAGGCAUUGGAGUCGACUAUCUCUCGGGAUCCUACUGCACCACAUUAUAAGUACCACGAUGAUCCAUAUUUUAUCCCACAAUCGAAUAUUACAAAACGUACGUACGCUCUUGCCCAAGAGGCAGGUAGAAAGGCUGCAUUGUGGAUCCGUGAAGAACACCGUGAUGUUUUUCAGCAUAAACUGGCUGACCCACCAAUUGAGAGCUUCAUGCCCAAACCAGUGUAUACAGACAAAAGUCAGGUUUCUGAGAAUACACUUCUAAAUGUAAUAAAACACGGGCAGGUUACAGAGGCUAUUAACAUUUACAAAUUAUUGCAAGGCGAAGUUAGCACUACGAGCAAACAAGCAUUAUUUGAGCUGCUCUGUUACACCAACAGUAAGGAUCCCAUAAAUAAGGACUUUAUAGAAGAAAGAUGGUUCCGACAGGUUUCGUCAGAAGUAAAAAAUACUUGGAAAAAUUGCCUAGAAGCUGAAGAGCUUUUUACAUUUCUGAAGAAUCAGGAUGAGGCCACAGCUGCAGCAGCGUACAAUACCCUUUUACGAGGUUUGGCAAAGUUUCUGCAGACGGAUAAAGCUUGGGAAUUAUACCAGGAGUGUCAGAAUAAGAAGGUCCCGCUUAAUGCAGAAACUUAUAACUACAUAAUACAGACUGUCCAAUUCUUAAAGGAUGGAUCUCUAGAGAAAAAACAACUUUUACAAACAAUACUCAUGGAUAUGGCUGCCCAAGGGGUACAGCCCAAUAUCGGCACACUUAACGCCAGUCUCAAAGUUGUUAGUUCACUGUCACAGAACUUUGCCAAGGAUCUUGCCAGAUCUCUGAUCACUGAAUUCACGACGAUCGGUAUCGAACCGUCCCUGGCAUCUUAUUAUUAUGUCCUACGAAUCUUCUGCCAAGAAAAGGGUCCCACAAAUAAUGUCUUAUCAGAGAUUAUUCAAGAGCUUGAAGGCAAAGAAUUAAAAGUCCAGGACCCUAUGGAUACGUUCUUCUUCAUGACCGCUAUGGAUGUUGCCAAGAACCAUCUUCAUGACGCAGUAGUUGCUGAACGUCUACAUGGACUUCUCCUUGCCAAAGACAAUUACAAGUUCAUUGGUGACAGUUACAAGGAAAGCGUCUAUUUCCGCCAUUACAUGUCUAUAUUGGUAGAAACUGAACCCCUGGAAGACUUCAUGAAGAUCUACCAUACCCUGGUGCCAAAUAUUUACAUUCCUGAGCCUUCUGUAAUGGCGAGUAUCUUGUACGCAGUCGAGGGUAACCCACCGGAAAUUGGUAGAGAAUUACUUCCUCAAUUCUUCUCGCAUAUGGUAAUGUUCGAUCAGCUGGAAAGGCGGAAUCUCGUGACGCAUAUUUUGGAGCUGAUGAGGGUUCAUUGUAGGCCACCUCCAAAUUCACCUUUACACGCACAAUAUGCAGAAUCUGCAUGGGCUUUGUGGAACUUUAUACAAAAUCAACGAGAAAACAAAUUAAGAAAGCUCCAGUGGACCGGGGAUAUGUUGGGCAAUGUCGCUGUUCUUUCCUUACGCGGAGAUCAGUUUGACAGGAUGCUGCAAGCUAUUUCGUUCUUGACAAAGGAUCAAACCUCUGUCAUUGGGACGCCUAAUAUUGAACAAAUUGAUGAGUUGUGCAAUGCAUGCAUUGAGCAAGGUCAUAUUGCCGGAGCUUUGGCUAUAAUACAAUAUGCCGCAGAAUUGGGACACCAAGAAGCUAGCCUAAUGGCGAGAAAAGUGUACAAUACAUUACCACUCACGCCAUCUCAAGAAGACAAACUCGUUAGCUUAGUGGGAAAAGAGGUUCUCAAGAUCCAAUUAUCCGUAAACAAGGAAUAAUCUUUUAGUUCAAUUAAUCACAUACAAACUAUAGUAUUAGACAUAGAUUCUGUAUAACAACUGUACAUAUAAUAAAUCGACAAAUAAAAAACUACUAGCAAUUUAU